AGAAGACGAAGCUCUUUGGCCAUGGUGACCGUGGACCGUACCCUGGCCUACGUGCCCUCUGCGACUGCACGUAAUGCGGCCAUCGUAUGUGGAUUUACGGGUCUACUAAUUCUAACAUGCUACCUCAUAUUUUCCCCGCGCACUGGCAUGCGCCAGAUUUUGCCCAUCCGUGCGGAAAACGGCAAUGCCAGCGAUGAAGGAAUGAGGGAGCGACUAAGAAAAUGCUCUUGUCCUGAAGUUUCUCCUGUCAGCAAGCCUACGAAAGUGUGGUCCGUGAAAGAGGGCAUCAAUUCGACUAUGCACGAAUGGAGGCCGUACCAGAUCUACUUUGUGGGAGAUCAUUCAUACAAAGAAGCUCAGCAAUCCGGCGACUUCAUGAAGUACGCCGAAGGUCUCUUAACGCAGGCAACACUAUACAUCAACAAGUUGAUCUUGGAUUGCGCAGUGAAGCUCCUUGUUCUAGGAACGACUGUGUUUACACACGAACAAGAAUGGAAAUACCUGCGGUCAGAAUCACUCAACCUGACUGGAUUCCUUUCUGAAGAUGAGACGGCGAGGAUAUCUGAUAUAGUGAUUGCACUGUCAAGCUCCCCAGUCAAAGCUACAGAUGCAAACUUCUUCGCCCAAAAGAGCGAAUCUCUAUGCACCAAGGACAAGUUCAUCGUCAUUAUUACAUCGCCGUUCAAUUACUAUGACUUGGAUUCCUCCAUUAGUCUCGCCCUGGUUAAAACGUUGGGCUUUCCAGGCCACCCCUGCCUUGGAAUUAGUGUACAAAUGAACUCAUGCUGCAGAGUGAUGAAAAACUUGUAUAAACGCGCCCUCGCCGCACUCGACGGGUCACAAUGUUUCAACACGAAGAAUACGUGUUGCAGUCCCACUACAUUCCAGCUAAACAAAUUCGACCGAAGCAGCUACCAGUGUGAUAAGGUCCCAGGAGUCAAAUUAGCCAAACCUAAGGAAAUUAUCAGCGAAUGCGUCAUUGAGUGUACAACCGAUGGAUCUGUGAUCAAUGUUCCAAACGGAGUUGCCUGCGAGGACGACACACGCUUCGCGGACCAGCCUGGGUGCAUCGGAUCACGGAGAAAGGUGUGUCUCAGAGGCGAGUGUAAGCUGCCUUACGACGAUAUGAUGAAGCUGCUUUACUCCAACUGGCAAACUGACCUCAACGCACUCCCUGCUUGUGGUAUCCCGUCAGCUCCAUAAUCUACACUGCUCCAGAAAGGCGUUUCGUAAGGUGACGCCACUGAGUUGGGGACACUGCAGCCCCCCUCCCCGUCGGUGAAUAAACAUAAUACAAUAUUGAGC